AUGCCAAGACCAGUUACACUAUUUACAGGCCAGUGGGCGGAUAUUCCGCUGGCAGAGCUAUUGCCGAAAGUCAAAGAAAUGGGAUAUGACGGGGUGGAACUCGCUUGUUGGGGAGAUCAUUUUGAUGUGCAAGCCGCUUUGAAUGAGGAAGGAUAUGCCGAGGGACGUUGGGAGUUGCUAAAGCAAAAUGAUCUGAGUUGCUAUGCCAUCUCGGCCCAUCUCGUGGGACAAGCGAUUUGCGAUCCGAUCGAUUCUCGUCAUGAGGUGAUUUUACCACCGCAUGUUUGGGGUGAUGGUGAUCCUGAAGGGGUUCGCCAACGGGCGGCGCAGGAAAUGAUUGAUAGCGGGCGGGCCUGCCGAAAGUUUAUCGAUGCCGGGAAGACAGUGGUCAAUGGCUUCACAGGCUCAAGUAUCUGGCAUGCUUUAUAUGCUUUCCCGCCGACGGAUCAGGCAUUUUUAGAGAAAGGUUUUGAAGAUUUUGCGGCGAGAUUCACACCGAUCAUGGAAGCCUUUGAUGAGGUGGAUGUGAACUUUGCCCUAGAGGUGCACCCGACGGAAAUUGCCUUUGAUAUCGUCUCAGCUCAGAGAGCGCUCGAUGCCAUUGGCGGGCACCGACGAUUUGGCUUUAACUACGACCCGAGCCAUUUUGGCUAUCAAGGGGUGGAUUACGUGAAGUUUAUCCGCGAGUUUUCAGAUCGUAUUUAUCACGUUCACAUGAAGGACGUCUGGUGGGGGCAUGGUGAUGGCAGUGUAGGAGUCUUCGGUGGGCAUACUGAUUUUUGUGAUGCCCGUCGUAAUUGGGAUUUCCGCUCGGUGGGGCGUGGCGAUAUUGAUUUUGAGGAAAUCAUCGUGGCACUCAAUGACAUCCAGUAUAGCGGACCACUCUCAGUGGAAUGGGAAGAUGGCCGUAUGGAUAAAUUCCACGGGGCGACAGAGAGCUGCGCCUUCGUCAAGGGACUCGAUUUCCCGCGUAAUGAAGCAGGGAUGUUCGAUUCGGCUUUUGAUGGGUAG